AUGCACAGCCUUGUCAUUCCGUUUCUGCUGCUCGGUGCAGCUGGCUGUAAAGCCACGGCAUCAGACUGCAAAUGCUUCCCUGGUGACUCUUGUUGGCCUUCUGAUGAUGAAUGGAGUCACCUUAAUAGUACCGUUGGUGGUCGAUUGGUUGCUACCGUUCCGCUGGGAAGUCCAUGUCAUGAUCCAAAAUAUGAUGGUGAAGAGUGUGAACGCCUGCAGAAUGAAUGGCUCUAUUCGUCAGUUCAUACGGAGUCAUCCUCAUCCAUGAUGGCACCUCUGUUCGCCAACCAGUCUUGUGACCCAUUUCAGCCCAGGGACAAGCCGUGCACCCUGGGCAACUACGUCAGAUAUGCUGUCAACACCACGUCCGCAGAGGAUGUCGCAGCGACCUUGAAGUUCGCCAAGGAGAGUAAUAUACGCUUUGUCAUCCGCAACACAGGUCAUGAUUAUCUCGGCCGCUCAACUGGUGCUGGAUCUCUUGCUGUUUGGACUCACUACCUAAAGGGCACUGAAGUCAUCGACUGGAAUGACGAUCAUUAUCAAGGAAAGGCUCUUAAGGUCGGCGCCGGCGUUCAAGGUUUCGAAGCACUUGCAGCAGCCCAUGCUGAGAAUUUAGUCGUUGUUACGGGAGAAUGUCCCUCCGUUGGUCUUGCGGGAGGAUAUACCCAAGGAGGCGGCCAUUCAGCACUAAGUACCAAUUUCGGCUUGGCAGCGGAUAACACCCUCGAAUUUGAUGUCAUUACUGCCGAUGGAAAGUUUGUCAAAGCGAGCAGAAGUGAAAACAGCGACUUAUACUGGGCUAUGAGCGGUGGUGGUACAGGAAACUAUGGCGUCAUUAUCUCAGCAACUGUACGGGCUCAUCCAGAAGCUCAAGUCAGUGGAGCCAAGUUUCUUGUCACUGCACCUGAGGGAAGGCCAGAGCUCAUAUAUAAGGCCAUCGAUGCUUUCCAUGCUGCUCUUCCCAAGAUUGUUGACUCUAGGGUUAUGAUCAUCUACUUCUUCUCCGACUCAUUCCUUCAGAUCCCCGCUCUGACAGCGUACGACAAGACCGAGGCCGAAGUCAAGCAGAUCCUUCAGCCUCUCGCCGAUUCUUUGUCUGAUCUGGGCAUCAAGUUCGAACCGAACUUUACGCACUUCCCAAGUUACUACGAGCAUUACGAUCACUACUGGGGUCCCCUCCCAGCUGGCAACAUCCAAGUAGGAACACAACUCUUCGGAGGUCGCUUACUGCCACGCAGCAAGCUGAAGGACUUCUCUCCAACAGCUCGGAAGCUCGCUGAGAUGGGAGUCAUCUACAUUGGCGUUGGUCUCAACGUAUCCAGAUUCGGGGUCAACGACGCCAACUCAGUACUGCCCCAGUGGCGAGAUUCCAUCGUUCAAGUUUCUUUGACGCUUCCGUGGGAUAAUGAAGCCCCAUGGGAGGAGAUGUUGGCUACACAGAAGAGAAUGACGGAGGAGAUCCAACCCAUCAUUGAGGCUGCAACGCCUGGCGCUGGAGCGUAUAUCAACGAGGCAGACUUUCAACAGAAAGAUUGGCAAGAGACCUUCUACGGAGUCAAUUAUGAUAAUCUACUGAAGAUAAAGAAGAAGUACGAUCCUGGGCAUCUCUUCUAUUCCACGGUUGCUGUCGGUAGUGAGGCUUGGUCCAUUGCAAAUGAUGGGCGUAUGUGCUGGUCUCAAAGUUGAGCACCUUAC